CCCAAAAAUUUUUAGAAAGAGACAUUUAAAACCACAGCAGAAGAGAAAACCCGUGAAACCUGUGAAAACCCUAACCUUAGGUUGAAGAAGAGAAAGACGCCCACAUCCGCACUUCCUCCAUCGCCAUUAUCACAGAGCUUAAAGGGAUUGAAGCCACGAAUCACUUUUCCAUUGCCAAACAGGUGAAAUUACCAGCACCACAAUUUAUCAGACCAGGCUUCGAGAGAGAGAGGGGAGAGGGGUUGCAGAAAUGGAGAAGUACUUUGGAAACGCAUACAGGGGUGACCCAGGAGUACCCCACUCUGGUGAAGAGCGCUUUGAGAACAUUUGGAUUGGUUCCGCUGUCUUCUCUGCCCUCACAUGGUUCGACCCUUAUAUGUGGCAACUCUCCAAUCAACACAAUUGGCAUGAUCGAGCAAUGUUGCAUGAGCAGUACCACUGGAAGAAAGCAAUGGAGAAGGGAGAGGCGUACCAGUUCAAGUGGAACCAGAUGAAGAAGGAAGUUCGUGAUUCAUACUAUUUUAACUGGCCCGUUUACUUCCCAUGAUUUUUGAUAUGGAGACCUGUUUGGACCUCUUAGGAGAUCUCUUUUUCUCUCUCGUCAUUUGUAUGGGUUUAGCAAAUGAAACGCACCUGUUUAGUAGUUUGUAUUAGUUUGUCAAUGGAGGUUUUGGAUGUUAUAUAAGCGAAUUUCCAUGAUUAGGGCUAUGCAUAUGAAGGAAUCCAAAUUUACACCCUAUAUACCAUUUUACUGUAUACAUUAAAACUUUGGUUAGGGUGUUAAGGAACACGCCGUCCUUAUUGAAAUGUGAAGUAGUGUAUCAGCUUCGUUGAAUA